AUGGAAAGUCUUACUGAUGCGAUGGGUAGCACUCGCUUGAGUGACGAACCUGAAGAGCCCGAGCAGCUUCUAUUCAACCCUUCACCAAAUAGUGGGAUCGAUGAAACAAUCCUGAAUAACAUUCCACGUUAUCUGUUUCGUCUUGCGACGCCAAACUCCGCUGGAAUAACGAAUGAGAGAUGGGUCUGUUCGGAGUCGGUCCGCCAGAAUACACCUUCUUCCAUGGAAGAUGUUUUCUUCAACAUGGACAACGAGAAACAAAUCAAGGUGGCCCGAAUUCUAGAUUCACAUCUCUGGUGGCGGCAAGCGCGCAACCCGGAUGAUAACUUUGUUUCCUGGACUAGCUCGCUGCUUUUCGUCCUCCAGUAUAUAUACUACCGACAUUACAAGGACGGAACAAGUCUUGCAGAAAUCAAACUAUACGUCGUCGAUACGAUGAAAUUCCCCCGUGGAACAUUCAUGCUUGAUUUAAAUUUGAUCGAUAUUUUCCGUGACUAUAACGAUGGUCUAGAAAACCUCUGGUCUCUGCGCAAUCGGCCCAACCUUUACUUUGGGGAAUAUCUCUCGCAGGGGUCACUGAUGAUCGAAAAUAAAUGUCAAGCGAUCACUGCUGAGGUGAUUUUUAAGCAGGAUCGACUGCGUCGUAUACAGCCUCACUUUGCAGAACUCCAUCAUGGAAAGAGGGAAGAUAAGCCGGAAUGGGUGAGAGAAGUCAAUCGACUCCGUAACACCAUUUGGCCACCUCCUGGCUCGCCGCUGAUCUCUCCGACGGAGCUGGGCGAUCGUUUACAGGCUGUCCAAGAAAUUUUGCAACAUGUUUCAGCGGACUGGAAAUGCCCCGUCGCCAUUUACUUUGCCGCACUUAUCGGCCCAGAAGGCUUCAUCAGAGGACAAGAUACGGCAAAUGACAAGGUCGUUGGCACAGAUCCCCGAUCAGUGUAUCUUCCUCGUGAGUUAUUCAAGCGUUUCUGCCCAUAA